GUCACACUGUACAAAAGGUUUUAUUGUUUUACGUGUAUUUGUGCGUUAGUAAUAGUUUAUCCAGAAUAUGAAUUAAGGAGCGAGACGCAAACACUAGAUGCCCAAGAUCCGUUCCGAACCUUCCAGAGCACCAAGCACACUCUACAAUUACAAUUUCAGUGCUCCGGCAAGCCACAAAGCCGCUCCAACAAGAUACGUUCAACAAUCAGUCUGGCCCAGCGUCUCUGUGUGUGAGUGUGCGUGACAGAAAAUUGCAAGGGAGGCGAACUUGGCAAAAUCAAAAUCGCUGCUGCCCCCAACCGGCUCCACUGUCGUAAUCCGUGAUCCGUAAUCUCUGGCUGGACUUGCAUCCGUGAUCCCUCGUCGACAGCAUUGUUGCCCAGAGCAUGCUUGACGCCCACGAACCGAAAACUUGCUGAUAAAAACGGCAAAGAAAAAGUGAAACAAAAGAAACGCAACGCAACAGCAGCACGGCCAAAAAAAGGAAGAGAAUAUAUUUUAAUCAAAGGAAAUUAAAUAACAAAGCGACGGCGGCAGCAACAACAAUUACAUAAAUUAACACACAGCCAAGCCUCAGGCAAAAACAACACCAAUAACAAUAGCCAGCUUAUCACGCAGCAGCAGCAGUAGCAACAGCAACAACACAGAAGCAGCAGCCAGAAAGAACAACAGUUUAUCUCAAAGCCACAGCCGGCUACACGAGUGCAAGCGAGCAGGCAAUACAGCGAGAGCGAGAGGCAAGGUGUCUGCGUGUGCUUGGUGGGUUCGCAACUCGGAAAAAUGGCACGCGGCUUCGAUCAUCUGUUUAAGCUGCUUAUAAUUGGCGACAGCGGCGUUGGCAAAUCAUCGCUGCUCAUCCGAUUCUCAGACGACACAUUCUCGGGCAGUUACAUAACCACCAUUGGCGUUGACUUCAAGAUCAGGACCGUGGACAUUGAUGGGUUACGCGUGAAGCUUCAGAUUUGGGAUACGGCUGGACAGGAGCGCUUCCGGACGAUCACCAGCACCUAUUAUCGUGGCACCCAUGGCGUUAUUGUCGUCUACGAUGUAACGAAUGGCGAAUCCUUUGCGAAUGUGCGCCGCUGGCUGGAGGAGAUACAAAACAACUGCGAUGUGGUCAAUAAAGUAUUAGUGGGCAACAAGAACGAUGAUCCGGAUAGGAAAGUGGUUAUCUUCGAGGACGCACAGCGGUUCGCGAAGCAAAUGGACAUCGAGCUAUACGAGACAUCCGCCAAAGACAAUAUCAAUGUAGACAACAUGUUUCUGUCGAUAACACGGCAGGUACUUCACCACAAGCUAAGAACCUCACCGAACGAACAGCAAAAGGACAUAGUCAACUUGAGCACCACGAACAACCAUCGCCGGAAGUGCUGUAGAUGAAAGCGGCUUCGGGAUGGGAAAUGGCUUUGCAACUGGACCGACGGCGGCAGCAACGGUGGGACGGGUAUGGAAAGCGGAACUAGAACCAGGACCUGGAUAAAGUCUGGGAAUCCUUGGGGGGCGGCAGUUCUCGUAAUUUGUAAGAUCUGAUGUGGGUUAUUGGCAUAUUAUAUGCCACACACACCCAUAUACACAUACCACACACAGCCACGGCAACAUUCACAUCUAGACAUAGUUAACACCAACCAUAACUACAACAUAACAACUGCGCCAGCAACAAAAUUACCAGAAAACUAACAAUUACAACAACUUCAGCGACACCAUACAACAACAGAUACACCAACACCAUUCACCCCACUAGAGACAACAAUUUUUUUUGUUUGUUUUGUUUUUAUUCGGGAUAAUGCCAGAAUAGCCGUAAAGAAAAGUGUAAAAGUGUAAAGCGCAAUUAAAUGUAUUUAGCAAUUUA